CCUUAUAUCUCAACAACGUAAACUUUUGAGGAAAGUAGGAGGAAAGUCAUCCAUGCAUACCUUACCAUCACUGUUAUCAGUGCGCGUGUCUUAGUUUAUAUCCCCAUAAGGAUUGUAUAUUUCAAAUAUAAAGUGAAUUAGACUGCAAGAAACAACAAACAAACGGCAUGGCUUUUGGACCCAACCCUGGCGGUCGUUCUAGGUUUGCUAAACUCGGGAUGGCAAUUAAUGAAGAAUUGACAAAGGCCUGUAGAGAUGUCUUAGAAAUACAGGUACCUCCUGGUCUUGUCUACAGCAAAGUGAAAGCAUCAUCAAUUUAUAAAAAGAUACGCCCCGAGCAAGAACUUCGUCUGAUAGGCGCGAAAAUAGAUGGUUAUAAAGAAUUUGAUAUAACAUUAUUAUAUACAUUGAUAAGAAACACGUGUACAAAGAUUCCUCGUCCAACAAAAGGUUGGGGUGGAAACACGAUGCCGUCAGUAGGAGAAACAACGAUCGGUGAUGACAUUGAGAGGAUACGAUUGAUAAGAAACAACAUGUUUGGACAUAUAAGCUCGGCUUCUGCUACAGACUUAGAGUUUCAUGGCACGUGGUUAAUCAUAACUGAAAUAUGCCAAAGACUGCAAAGCUACACAAAAAAAGACUAUUUGUCUGGACUGAGUGAUAUUCAAAGUCAGGCUUUAGAAGAAGAAAACAUAAAGUAUGUCCUAAAAAGACUGAAAGAGCAAUAUGAGAAUAACCAAUGUCUUAUGGAAAUGGUGUCUUCUGCCGAAGAACAUGUUCUGGAAAAGAUGUCUUCUUUGGGAGCGUGUGUGCUGGAAAAGGUGUCCUCUUCAGAAGAACUUGUUGUGAAAAAGGUGUCUUCUGCAGAAAAACAUGUCAUGGAAAAGGUGUCUUCUUUGGGAGAGCGUGUGGUGGAAAAGGUGUCCUCUUCAGAAGAACUUGUUGUGAAAAAGGUGUCUUCUGCAGAAAAACAUGUCGUGGAAAAGGUGUCUUCUUUGGGAGAGCGUGUUGUGGAAAAGAUAUCUUCUAUGGAGCAGCAUGUGCUAGAACUGAAAUCAAAAUCCGACGAGAAAAGUGAGCAUUUUUUAUACUAUAUUUUCAUGAAGAUAACAAAUUAACAUAAAUGUGUCUGAACGUAUUUUUAAGUAUUUAUAUUUCCAAAUAUGCUUCCAAAAGAUACCUUGCAAAUUAACAGUUUAUAUUUCUCCUGAUAUGCCAUGGCUU